CUGGUGUGUCGUGAAGUCGCAAUAAACUUGAGCCAAAUGAGUAGCCAACAGAUAGAAAACAUCGACAUCAAAAGUGUUAUUCCAAAAAAGAGACAAGAACUUCUUAAAUGGUAUGGCUGGGGAUAUAAAGAUUCAGAGUUCGUCAUUAAGGACCGUACGGUGUAUUUUACUAGUCCACGAUACCUUGUCAGUUCCAACGCUAAGCUUGAAAGCUUUAAAAAUUACAUCGGAUCGAUGUUCAAAAUUAUGCCUGAACACAUAAUGGAAUUACCUUUGUCAGAAGCGAGGAUCAAGCCUAUUGAGUAUGCUGAGCCAAUUUUAAAUGAUAAUUUUGUGAAUUGUCUAAAAAAUUCAAAGAUUGAUUAUUCUGUGGACGGCGAGGAUCGUCUGGUUAGAUCUCAUGGACAGACAAUUCAUGAAAUUUUUGAUUUGCGUUAUGGAAAUGUUAAAAAAAUACCUGAUAUAGUUCUAUGGCCAACAAGUCAUGAACAAGUUAUAAAAAUUGUUAAACUUGCUUACGACAAUGAUGUUGUGCUGAUUGUUUUCGGUGGUGGAACUAGUGUAAGUGGAGCAAUUCAUUGUCCUCAAGAUGAGAAAAGAUCAAUUGCAAUUUUGGAUACAUCUCAAAUGAAUAAACUGUUAUGGCUUAACAAGGAUAACUUAACAGCAUGUUUUGAAGCUGGAGUUGUUGGACAAGAUCUAGAAAGAGUGUUAAACGAACAUGAUUUGACCUUGGGACAUGAACCAGAUAGCAUUGAACUUUCUACAUUAGGCGGUUGGGUAGCAACACGAGCAUCAGGAAUGAAGAAAAACUUAUAUGGAAAUAUUGAAGAUCUAGUUUUAAACAUUAAGCUAGUGACAUGCAAAGGCGUUUAUGAACAAAAAUUUACAGGAGCACAUAAAAAUAUCGGCAUCAGCUUCGAUAAUAUGAUAUUUGGAAGUGAAGGAACAUUUGGAGUGAUUACAGAAGUUGAAGUUAAAGUUCGUCCAUAUCCAAAAGUCAAACGAUACGGAUCUAUUGUAUUUCCUGAUUUUUCUACUGGCAUUCAGUUCUUGAGGGAAGUAGCCAAAAGAAGAUGUCAACCGGCAAGUAUCAGAUUAAUAGACAAUGAUCAAUUCCAAUUCGGUCAAUCUUUAAAAACUGACGAAGGUGCUUUAGUCAAUUUUACAAAUGAACUCAAAAAAUUCUUAUUGACAAGAGUCAAAGGAUAUAACUGGAAUGAAAUCGCUGUUACGACACUUUUAUUUGAAGGUACUCAAGACGACGUUGAAAGGCAUGAAAAGCUGAUUUAUUCAAUUGCAAAACAAUUUUAUGGUAUCAACGGCGGAUCAAAAAAUGGAGAGAAGGGAUAUAUUUUGACAUACGUGAUCGCAUACAUAAGAGACUUUGCACUUAACUGUGGAAUUAUUGCAGAAUCAUUUGAAACGUCUGUUCCAUGGAGUAAAUGCGAACAAUUGUGUAUUAAUGUUAAGUUGACCAUUCAUGAAGAAUGUAGGAAGCAUAAAAUCAAAUACUUUUACGUCAGUUCCAGAGUAACACAAUCAUACGAUGCUGGAGCAUGUGUGUACAUUUAUUUCGGAUUUCAGUUCAGUGUUGCUGGUUAUGAAAUCGAAAGUCCACUAGAGAUGUAUCAUAAAAUAGAAGAAGCAGCACGUGAUGUAGUUUUAGCAUCUGGCGGUUCUAUCUCUCAUCAUCAUGGAAUUGGAAAACUUCGCAAAAAAUGGUAUAAACAAUCAGUAUCACCGGUUGGAGUUGACUUAUACAGAGCCAUAAAAUUAGAUAUUGAUCCGAAAAAUAUCUUUGCAUGUGAUAACUUUCUAAUGCCGGAAGAUAAGGUAGACUUUGAUGGACUGACCUCAAAAUUAUAACUUGUGUUAAUUUAAAAUUAAUUAUAAUAAAAACUGGUAUUUUUG